AUGGCCCCCAUCGAAACGGAUGCCGUUCGUGUGUACAAGGGGCUGGUCGACAGUCUCUUGGACCGCGCUGUGCAGGUCAAGCCUGACGGUCAGAUUGAGCCCCCGUUGACCGAAACACUUCUAGGCAAGGCAAUCUGGGAAGCCCCAGAGGUAAAGGAACAGGAGGCCGUGCAGCAAUUGAAUCAGCAGACGCGACUUGCUGCGGUGGAAAUUGCUUUUCGAGAGAAGUUCUAUCGCAUUCUGGCUUCUACCUCGAUCGAUGACCCUAAUUUCAUUCAUAUCUGGAAUUUACUCGACAUUGUCUCGAUCUUUUCCGACAAUGAACAAUGCGAACCUGGCCUGAUCUUCUGGCUCAUCGAGGAACUGCUGGACAGUCAAACUAUCGAUGGAUGUCGUACGGUUUUUGAUUAUCUCGAGUCGCGCCGAGAAAGGAACAUCAAGAAACACUUUAAACAGAAAAGCUUGGUCAUUCUCAGAUCCUGCAACGAAUUGCUUCGCCGAUUGUCACGCGCAGAGGAUACUGUGUUCUGUGGACGAGUCUUCAUCUUUCUCUUCCAGAGCUUCCCGCUUGGCGAUAAGAGCUCAGUCAACCUACGCGGCGAGUUUCACACCGAAAAUGUCACCACAUACGACGAGAUUCCGAAUCCUGCGACUGGACACGAGGACGAUGAUACCACAAUGACCGAAGGCAACGAAGAUUCCCCAACAGAGGGCCAAGGAGAGGGGGUUUCUCCUGCUGGGAAUCGCGAAAUUGGAGCGUCAUCAUCGCAGAUCCCAAAGGUCGUUGUUUCCGGGGGCAAAGAAAGAAAGCCGAAGGAGCCUGUUGACCUGGAUGCUCUGUACCCCAUAUUUUGGAGUCUGCAAGCCUAUUUCUCCUCGCCGACCAAGACGUUUGACUCGGAGCGAUUUGCGAAAUUCAAGACUGGACUGGAAGCUACGCUGUCCGCCUUUAAGAAUAUCAACACUGAUCUCGAGAAUCAAAAAUCACAACGCUCUUCCGAGGAAGCUCGCAAUUCGAACAAGCGCAAACGCGUUACAGACGAUACCGAGGUCGGCACCAGUUUUAAUCCCAAAUAUCUUACCAGCCGGGACCUCUUCGACCUCGAAAUCAGCGAUAUGGCGUUCAGGCGGCACAUACUUGUUCAGGCUCUCAUUCUUCUCGACUUCAUGUUGUCCCUCACGCCCAAGGCCAAAUCUCGAUCAGCCGAUCUAACAAAUAAAUCCGUUUUAUAUGGGUUUGUGUUGAGCGAGGAGGAGGCGAAAUGGGCUGCUAGCAUGAGGACGGCCAUUGAAGGAUAUCUCCGUCAAGGCAAUGGUGGGAACUUUUACUAUCGCAUGGUCGACACUGUUCUAUCUCGGGACAAAAACUGGGCGCGGUGGAAGGCUGAAGGCUGCCCGCCAAUCGAAAAGCCGGCCGUUACGAUACCGGAAUAUCUGUCUGCCCGUGACCAAGCAACUAAAGCAUAUGCCGAUAAGCGGAUUCGUCCCUCGCCAAUGGGAUCGUUGGACUUCAAGUUUCUCUCCGACGGCGAGGCCCUGGCUAAUAUUGAGCGGCUCAAAGAAUCGGAUCGAAUCUCAGUACCCGCCGCAGAUGCUUUGAUGAUGAGCAUGUUGGACGACGACAUGGAUCUUGAUAUGGCACAGUCUCAAGACGACAAGGACGUUGCCUUGAGAUCCAAAUAUAGCAAGACCUGGCGCAUCCUUCGCUUGUCUGCAAAGACCAAGCUGGCGGCUUUCGAUCGGAUUGAAGAUGGCAAGAACCUCAAAGCUCUCUUUGAAAACGCCACAGCGCCUACCGAAACCCCACAGCCCGCGGAAGCCGCCGAAGAUUCCCCCGAGCUCUCCAAGGAAAUCUCGCACGGUGGCGACGGUGCUCAAGAUACGCCACCCCCGGAUGCAUCGGAGGUUCCUGAUGAGGGAAUCAGCGUUCUCGCCACCGAGGAGGCACAGGAGGAAGAUCAAACGGAAACGGUCGCCCCUGAUGAAAGCAUGGGCAUCGAAGCCGAACCCGUCGCGUCUAGUGCGGCUUCCGGAGAUAAUCCCAAAGAGGAGCCGGAAAGCUGA